AUGCGCUCCGGACUGUCCGGCCGUUUCUUUUCACGAAUCUGUGAGACUGAUUUGAGGUGGCUGGUCAUUGCUGUGACCGUUAUCAACUUUUUUAGGCUCUCUUAUUCACUUAAAUACGCUCUCCUGAACUCGGCAUCUCAGUUGAACGCUUUUCACGAUGCUGAUGUUGAUAGCAGCCAUCAGGUCAUGAAGCUGGGUACAGUAUCGAUCACGCUGGGCGUGGUAUUCUUCGCAACCUGCCUGAUAGAAAUUUUUGGCACCGUGUCCGCUGUCACGCGGCAGCUUACACUUAUACGAAUAUAUGUGGACCUAACAUUUCUUUCUGCCGUUUCGUUGGCGGCCGCCGGCGUUAUCAACGCUAUCGCAUAUUUCGCCUUUGCGGACGAUAUCAUCGAGGAAUGCAAAUCGCUAGCUUCCAGUGGCGACCUUGGCCUAAAAUCGCUUUUUCGAGGUAGCCCAUGGCAAACGCGCCCGAUCUUCUACAGUGAGGAGGCGCGAACGCAAUGCGGAAACGCUUGGUCAAACCACGCAUCCAGCGAAAUUCUUUCUAUUCUUUUUUUCUACUUGAUUCCUUCAACUUUCUCUUACCUUCUCGCCUACACAUACCACCGACAAAUGCACGCCCAGAAAAUCCAUCGUCGAAGGACAAUCCGAAUGGAGCAGUUUGUCAACAACAGCGUCAGCCUAAGUCCAGUAUACGACAGCUACUCCGACCAAGGAUCAGAAAGACCUAAGGCAGGUAACAGACGAGCGGCGCCGCUCACAUCGCCCGUGAAAGGUAGUCGAUGGAGUGACUCCUCGACUGUAACUGUGUCCUUGUCUCCGGGUCCACCCAGCUAUAGUGGUGCUGGUAAACAUUUCGGACAUUACGAUGUUCAACUCACUGGCUAUACCGAGUGA